UUGCCUGUUCUGAGAACACUUGAGUCUAAGAAUCAGACGGUAGAAAGUUGUGGUGAAAUUUGUAUCCAAAUUUUGUGUACGUGCGAAAGGAAGGUUGCAUUUAUAUUUGAUUUCUACUCAUACACCGUGGACAUAUAACAGCGUCUUUUAAUAUUCAGACGCCCGAGAUCGAGAUUGACAAGUUAACCCUUUGCCCGCCGCCAGUACCACACAGGCCGAUGAACAGCAUGGCCAAAUUGUUGAGCCGCACUCGUCUCGUUAGCUACCUGCCGGGUCUGAAGUCCCUCCAGCAGCGAGCAGCCCUCGUCUGCACCCCCAGGGCGGGCUUCUCUUGCAGCAGUGCCGAAAGCGAACAAAACACUGAAGAUGUGCAGUGCAUAGCGCGUUCGUCGGGAAUUUCCGACGCCGACCUUGGCCCCGUGGGCCCGCCCAAUCCUCAGUUCCCGCUGCCUGGCAACACGGGAUUCGCAUCUCAGGCUGGCGCUCACAGCGCCUCGUUCGUUCCGGUUGCCCGCAGAGUGGUGCCCGACAUCCUCACCCGAGCGCUGCCGCAGGACCGACACGCCGGCGUUCUGGCCCAGUUUGUGAAUACAGCGUCAGAGGAACAUGAUCUCCCGGAUGAAACCAAAGACAAGGAAUCCUUCAAGGACCACCCUCAGGCCCUGGAGUGCAUCGCCCAAGACUGCCCAGAGAACCUCAGAAAAGAUUUUCUGGGCUUGUUCCCCGGGGUGCGUCUGGAGAGUUCGGCGAAGCUGACCGUAGUGACCCUCUGCCAACGGACCAAGAACAACAUGACCGGCUGGAGCAACGAGGUGGAGGAGGAGCGAAACGAACUCAUGGAAAACUUUUUUGAGAGUGCCAAAGAGAUGUGCAGAGUGCUGUCCGAAGCGGGUUACUGGGCCGACUUCAUUGAUCCAUCAUCGGGCCAAGCCUUCCUUGGCGACCCCAACCCAAACACCACCCUCCUCGAGACGGACGAGAGGUUUCGCUCGCUGGGUUUCGAGAUCGAGGACCUCGGAUGCUGUAAAUGCAUCCGGCAUUCUGUGUGGGGCACCCACGCGUUCGUCGGGACGAUCUUCACUAACGCCCCGCCCGACUGCAAGCUAAUAUCGAGCAUUCUCAAGGACUGAAAUGAAAAUACCGAUGUGCAUUGAUGGUGCAUGUAAUGUGUACUUUGCAGGGGAGCUGCUAAUCACUGGCAGAACGGGGUACCAGCUACAGUGUCAUGAGAUACAUACUGGGGUUGACUGGUUUACGUCUGAUUUGUGCUGAGCAUCUCUAUGCAGUAUUGUCGUCUUAGCAAUACUGUGAGAUCUAGGCUGAAAUGUCAGUGAUACUGAGGGCAGGAUGCUGUCACUGUGAAAAAAUAGAAUAUGACAUAAUACCCACGGUGCCCCCAUUCUAUUUUUAGCUGCAGCACACACAUACAUAUGUACUGGUACAUGUUCGUUUUUUAAACCAUCAGUCUGAUUAAAGUUGUGGAAAAGUGGAGUUCAGUUUACAAAAUAAUACGACGAAAAAUUGACAUACUGUUUGGAACUCUUAUUCAAGUUUAGGAAUCUGGAAAGAAGAGCUGUUUUUAAUGUCCCAUUUUUGUGCAGAUUUGCGGAGGCUGGCAAUACUUCUCGAAAAUCAGCAGAUUAAGUUUGGAAAAUUUGAGCCAAUCUCAGAAAAUUUCAGAGAUUUUAGUCAUUUGAUUUUAGUCAUGUGACCGUUGUGGCUGCUGGACUGAAGAUAUCUCUCGGCAGCAUUUAUGGUCUGGUGGAGUGGUAACCAGACUAUUGCGAGAUCAGGAACAGAGCAUGCAGAUAAAAGUGUUACACCACAGAAAGUUGGCUCACUUGUGGUUACGGCUGAAAGUUACCAGCUGUGCUCACUGUGCACAUUUCUGCCAGGAAAUAUGAAACAGAUUGAAGUAAAAACUGCAGUUAAUUUUUAGUCACUGUUGGAUAAAUUAUACCUCAGAAUUCACAAGACCACCAAGAAUGGACAUUUCCCCCCUUAAUUCCUGCUGAUUGGCCGACAGUGGUAUGGCGAGUGUGAAACCUUGUGCAGAUUAUUUGUGACCUGUUCCCAUGAAGUCCAGACAGAUCAGUUAAUUAAAAACAAAUCAAAGUUUGACAUGUUUAGUUCUCAAGUGAAUUCAGCUUUCCAGUUGGUUUUCUUUUUCACCUUCUCCCAAGAGACGGCUCUCAUUUUGCCUACAACUUGCAUGGGCUGCCAGAGUUCGGUUGGUUUUUUUAAAUUUUACCUCCAAUUCGUUUAAAUUCUAAUGGACAAUUGUCCUAGUGGUUGUGUUUUCAUUUUAGUAUUUAUUAGUACGCGUAUUGUUACCGGUAUUCAUUUAAACAAAACCACCGGGACAGUUGUCCAUUUGAAUGUAAAUGAAUUAACUGGGCCUUUAAGCUUACGUAGUGGUUCUUUCCUCGCUUCCCACCUUUUUGUGGGUUUUCACCAGAAUAUUUUUCUGGGGUUUUCCUCCCACCUCUAAACACUGUAACUUCAUCUCAUUGUCUCCUCUCUACAGGUUUCUUCAGGCUUUUGAGCGACUGUGCCCAGGGCACUUUUGAGGAAUCCAUGGUUUCAUUACCAGGGAGACUUAAAUAAAUCAAAAAUAAAAUAAUGUUCUGAUCACUGCGUGGGAUUUUUGACACUUUACUUUGUACCAACGGCCAACCAUAGAUACAGCAGCCACUUGUAGGAGAAACACAUCUGUGAGGUCAAAAGAGCAGAACCUUUACAACAAGUAGGGAUUUAGACCCUAAGCGUUUUUGCUUUGUGCUACUUUGUCUGGCCUGGAUUUUGUGGGAACAAGUCAUAAUUUACAUGUAUAUUGGUAUCAUAUUCCAAGAACUUGUUUCCCGGUGUUAAGGGAUAACAAAGGAUGGGAGUACAGGUUUGGAAGCUCAUUUGUGAUUUACAAGACAUUGGCACUGCUCAUAAUGUGCAAGUCAGGCACUAAAUUUGUUAUUUCAUAGUUUCCUUGAAUCUUGUUUUUCCUCAAGUUUCCUGACGACUACAGCGAUGUUGGUUCAUAUUUUCAUUUCUUCCAAUAAACAUUAUCAAAUGUUUUCUCUGUUGUAUUCAAACCAUGAAAUUAUGUAAACAUUCUAAACCUCAUUUGGGGUGGGAAUUUAUUAUUUUAAACUUUGUUGAAAGCCAUUUGGUUUUGUUAAUUUUUCUGCCUCCAAACCUCAGAAAUUGGUCCUGGAAGUAGGGUUUCGUCUGAAGACAGUGCGCUCCUUGCAUAGAAUCUUGUAUGAACUGGAGUAAAUUAUUAAAACAAUGUGUUAAUAUUGGA